GUUCCUUUUAGGAAAGUAUGCCUCAGACUCCUCCCUUUUCAGCAAUGUUUGACAGCAGUGGUUACAACCGAAACCUCUAUCAGUCUGCAGAGGACAGCUGUGGAGGGUUGUAUUACCAUGACAACAACCUCCUUUCUGGGUCUCUGGAAGCACUUAUCCAGCACUUAGUACCUAAUGUGGAUUACUAUCCAGAUAGAACAUACAUUUUUACCUUCCUACUCAGUUCCCGGUUGUUUAUGCAUCCAUAUGAGCUAAUGGCCAAAGUUUGCCACUUAUGUGUGGAACAUCAGAGACUUAGUGAUUCUGAUAGUGAUAAGAACCAGAUGAAAAAAAUUGCACCUAAAAUUCUUCAACUAUUGACAGAAUGGACAGAAACAUUUCCUUAUGAUUUUCGGGAUGAAAGAAUGAUGAGAAACUUAAAAGACCUGGCUCACCGAAUAGCCACUGGCGAGGAGCAGACAUACCGGAAGAAUGUCCAGCAGAUGAUGCAGUGUCUGAUCCGAAAGCUUGCUGCUCUCAGCCAGUAUGAAGAAGUCUUGGCAAAAAUCAGCUCCACCUCCACAGACCGGCUCACGGUUCUCAAGACAAAGCCACAGUCCAUACAGAGGGAUAUCAUUACUGUCUGCAGUGACCCUUACACAUUGGCCCAGCAGCUGACUCACAUAGAGCUGGAGAGGCUCAAUUAUAUUGGACCAGAAGAAUUUGUUCAAGCAUUUGUACAGAAGGACCCUUUGGACAAUGACAAGAGUUGCUACAGUGAACGGAAGAAAACACGAAACUUAGAAGCUUACGUGGAAUGGUUCAAUCGCUUGAGCUACUUGGUUGCUACAGAAAUCUGCAUGCCUGUAAAGAAGAAACACCGAGCAAGAAUGAUUGAGUAUUUCAUUGACGUAGCUCGAGAGUGUUUCAACAUUGGCAACUUUAAUUCCUUGAUGGCAAUAAUCUCUGGCAUGAAUAUGAGCCCAGUGUCUCGACUAAAAAAAACCUGGGCCAAAGUGAAGACUGCAAAGUUUGACAUUCUUGAGCAUCAGAUGGACCCUUCAAGCAAUUUCUAUAAUUAUCGAACAGCUCUUCGUGGGGCAGCACAAAGGUCUUUAACUGCUCAUAGUAGCAGAGAGAAGAUUGUGAUACCAUUCUUCAGUCUGCUAAUCAAAGACAUCUAUUUCCUCAAUGAGGGCUGCGCCAACCGCCUUCCAAAUGGCCAUGUCAACUUUGAGAAAUUUUGGGAAUUGGCCAAACAAGUAAGUGAAUUUAUGACAUGGAAACAAGUUGAGUGUCCAUUUGAGAGGGACCGGAAGAUCUUGCAGUAUCUGCUUACAGUUCCAGUCUUCAGUGAAGAUGCUCUCUACCUGGCUUCUUAUGAGAGUGAAGGACCUGAAAAUCAUAUAGAGAAAGACAGAUGGAAGUCUUUAAGGUCAAGCCUUUUAGGCAGAGUUUAACAUACAGAAGCUGCUUGUUGCUGCUGCUGCUGCAUCGCACAGAGCGUGGAGGGGCUGGCCUUUGUGUUCUGGCAUCUCUUACUAGGCAAGAUCGUGAAGACCAUGAAGCCUUGGAAGAACUCUGGUCAGCAAAGCAAGCAAGUCUACUGCAGAGCAGAUGAGAAACUCAUUUCCCACAGCUGACAGAUUGACUUGGAUUUUGUGAGACUGAAAUGUUCACUGAAGACACUUGAGAAAGAAUCCUCAAAAGAUCCCGGCUCUGCAAUGAUUCAUCUCCUGGAAUUUCCAUGUGAAUCACAGCUCUGCACCUGGAUGGAGUUUUCUUUUGUGUGUAUGUUUUUUAUUUGGUUGAACAUUUGCUGCUAAUGGGACUUACCCAGCUGAGUGCUGGCUCUUAGGAAGCCCAUGUUUCUUUGUUAAUUUAAAACAAAAAGGGAGAGGAGGGAGGGGGAAAAAAACCCCUCAGUUUAGAUCCCAGGCCUCUGCUCUAGCAGUAUUGCCAGAGAGGGGUAGGACUGGUUGGAUGCCAACUGUGGACUUUGUUCCCCUUUAGUGUGUGUUGUGUUGUAAAUUCCUCUCCCCCUCUUCCUACAAGGUUUUGAGUUGGCUGCUGGUUAGCAAACUCCUUUUUACCCACAUAAGUUAUUUAAUAUAUAAUGAAACUCAACACUGUGGUAGGAAAAUAGCCACUAGGAAGAUAAAAAGCAGAGUUUGUCAUUCAUUGUCGGACUGCUUACCAUGCUAGAAGGACUUUUUGCUUUCUUUGCCCUUCUGAGAUGUUUACAUCUGGCCACUGUGCUCUACAGAUGUGUUUUUCAGUAGGUUUUGUUACUUAGUUUUCCAUGAGGCCUAUUUCUUUUCCUUGUAAAUUUAAAUGAUCUGACUGUAAGGGUCUUGGAAAAUACCAUGGCAUAAUCACAAUUUAAUUUUUUUAACAGACUUAUUAUAUUUCAUUAUUUUUGGAGUCUGUUGGUGCGUAAACAAACAGUAAAUCAGAAAAGUUACCUCCUCACCCUAGCAGUGAAAAACAAAAACAUAUUGCUGUUAACUCAAUGAUUGAGCUAAUUGUGAAAUAGUUCACCUGGUAAACACCUAAAUAGGUCUGUAGUUGCUCUUUAAACAGCCACUUUAUAUAUACAUAUAUAUAUAUAUAUUACUCUAGGAGAAACUGUAGAGUAGUAAUCUGUGCUAAUGAAAACGCGAAACACCACGUUCAACACAGAGAUGUAUUUAAAAACCUCAUGACAUGGUUCCCAGAAACAGCAUGUAUGUUCGCUGUGUAUCAUUGCAACAGGCCUGAACAUCUCCAUCCAAGUUGUCCCUUUACAACCAUCAAUAUAUUUUACACUCUGCAGUCAGGA